AUGGACUAUGAUACGCUGGAUGCGGCAAUCCUAGCCGGCGCCCUUGCCGGGAGAUCAUGGGAGCAUUGGUCUACUGGCCUAAGGAUCGACGUCCUAGAUGGCGGCAACGAAAAGAGCUACUUCGUCAAGGUUAUCGAACGUGAAGAUUUCGUUGGCAUGGCCGAAGCAGAGUAUGAGGGACAGAAAGCAAUUGCCGCCGUCAUUCCCGACAAUGCAGUCAAACCGGUCGCAUGGGGAUAUUAUGCCGAUGCCAAAACCAAGGCCUGGUUUAUGGCAGAGUACUCCAACUUCCGUGCCAGAGCCCCUCCCCUUGAACAGCUGCUGCCCAUUGUCAAGCAGAUGCUCAAGCAGAUGCAUCAGAGAUCGAUCUCGCCAACUGGCCAGUUCGGGUUUCACGUCACAUCGUACUACGGUCCGCAGCCAAUGAUAGUUGACUGGACUGAUAACUGGGAAGAAUUCUGGGUUCGUGAGUUUCGAUCAGGGUUGAGAAAUGUUGAGAGGAUGCGAGGUCAGGAUCCCGAACUUUUCGAGAUUGCUGAACAAUUCAUCGAAAAGGUUGCCUCUCGCUUACUUCGACCACUUCAAAAAGUGAAGGUGGGCGCUUCCAAGCCCAUCGAAGAUUUUGAGGACCGAGUCUCACUCUAUGCUAUGGCAAAAGCGGACAUAAAACGCUUACUUGAGAAGUACCCCGAUGGUCUUCGUUAUUACAUGGGCGGACUAGAGCCUACUAUUGCUAGCCUACCUGAUACGCCUCCGGCAACACCUUCGAGAGCCCAGCCUCCCACUCAGAUUGCGAGCAAAGGCGACAAUACCGGUAUCAAUACACCACCGAGAACGCCUUUGAUCACCUACGAUCCCAGCCGCAACUCAAUUACCGACGAUUUACUUGCCGCAGGCGAGUGA